UCUAAUUCAUUUUCUUUCCAGGACAUUUGACAUAAACGGACAAAAUGAGCAACGAUACAGAAGUGGAUAUGAAAGAUGUGGAGCUGAAUGAGGUGGAGCAGGAGAAGCAGCCCAUGACGGAGGGGGAGGCUGGAAAUAAUUAUGCUAUCUCGCCUGUAUCUGAGAAGAAUGGCAUUGUGAAGGUGAAGAUUCCAGAUGAGGAGAGCAAAUUCACUGGGUUAUCCAAAGAAGAACUCAUGAAAGUAGCUGGAACGCCAGGGUGGGUUAAAGUUCGUUGGGCACUUCUGAUCCUGUUCUGGCUUGGUUGGCUGGGCAUGCUAGCUGGUGCGAUUGCCAUCAUUAUUCAAGCUCCUCGAUGCAAGCCCCUCCCUGAGAUGAACUGGUGGAACUACGGACCACUGUACCAGAUUGGAGAUGUGAACUCCUUUACAAAGUCUUCAGAUCUGAAAGCUGUGGCUGAAAAGGUUCAGGCGAUGGAUGAGUUGAAGAUGAAGGGUCUGAUCAUUGGCCCGAUCCAUGAGUCCAGUGAUGAUGAGCCCGAGAAACUGAAACUGACUGAGAUUUCUAAAGAGGCUGGUAAUCUGAUACAGUUUCAAGAAGUCAUUAAGGCUGCCAACAAGAGAGGUAUCUCUGUUGUUUUGGACCUGACCCCUAACUAUAAAGGCAAAGAGCCCUGGUUUUCCGAUGCUGUCAGCACUGUGGUCAAACUUGAGUCUGCUCUGGUGCAUUGGCUAAAAGAAGGAGUAGAUGGAUUCCUCUUCUACGGUGUCGAGAAGGUGUCCACUGUAGCCCCGACCCUUUGGGAGGACAUAAAAAUAAAAAUCCACAAACAAACAGAUUAACUUUUAAAAACAAAAAAGGUGUUAAUUGGUGUUACAGAUCAUUCCUCUCCUGAUGACAUCAUUGCUGUGUUGAACAAAACUGGUGUGGACCUGCUCCUCACUGGUGCUUUAAGAUCCACAUCUGCUCUGGACAUUGCCCAUACCGUUGAUCGCUUGUAUUCCGCGUACGGUCAGACCAGACUGGCUUGGAACAUAGGUGGUCGUAUUGCUGGACAACUUUCUUCAUUGGUGGGGCUUGCCAAAGUCAAGUUGAAUCAGCUGCUGCUGCUCACUCUGCCAGGCACACCGGUGUUUAAUUAUGGGGAUAAGAUUGGACUGCAAGAUGAGGUGAGUAAACUGAAGAUUUUCAUCAAGAGAAUUCCGACAGAGAGCAAGAAGGAUGAAAUGACCACUUUCUGUAAAUUCUUCAAAACCGUGAGUGAAAAAAGGUCGAAAGAGCGCUCUUUGCAGCACGGAGAAUACUUGCCUUUGUUCAACUCCACCUCCGCCAUGGCCUAUGUGCGAAGCUGGGACCAGAAUGAACGCUACCUCAUUGCACUCAACUGGCACCCAAAAGAAACUGUCACUCUUCACCUAAAACAUGCUGAGAUUCCUGAACAUGCUACAGUAGUGUUCAGUACUAGUGAUGAUAAACGCGUUGAUGAAGUGAUUAACCUUGCACAACUCGAGGUGAAGCCAGAACAGGGUAUAAUGCUGAAGUUCCCUUACACUCCCUGAAGACACAUUGUAAACUCACAGUUAGUGUAAGGAUGUUGAUUUGUUUGGCCAUCCUGUUACAAUAUUUAUCCUUUAGUACAAAAACACUGGCAUAUAUUAUCACACUGUACUGUUACAUACAUCACAUGCACUACAUGACUACUAAACUAAACUUUGAGUUGGUAGUUAUAUUUUGUCCUGUUACUUGGAAUACAUUCCAUAGGAAGAAAAAAGGAUUUGUUUUUAUUUGAUACCUUUUUAAGGUUAUUUUUGUUUGUUUUGUUUUUAAAAUGUACUGGAAUUCUGCACACUAAAAAUGUUCAAAACUACAAUGGCUGUUCCUUAUAUGUAAUGAGGACAAAUAUGCAUGAAAAUGAAAGCUGUUGACAAUAAAUUAAGUGGAGCAGUU